AUGGUAACUUCAUUCUGGAUUGGUAUAGUAGGUCGCACAGGAGCUGGGAAAUCAAGCCUGACAAACUGCUUGUUUCGAAUCAUUGAAGCAGCUGAAGGAUGUAUACUCAUCGACGAUAUAGAUAUCUCCCAAAUCGGACUGCAUGACCUAAGAAACAGGAUCACGAUCAUACCUCAGGAUCCAGUUUUGUUUUCGGGGACGCUGAGGAUGAACUUGGAUCCAUUUGACAAAUUCAGUGAUGAGGAGAUCUGGAGGGUGCUCGAGCUCUCGCAUCUGAAGAACUAUGUAGCAGGGUUGCAUGAAGGAUUACAGCAUGAAGUUGCAGAGGGGGGAGAGAACCUCAGUGUUGGGCAGAGGCAGCUGCUGUGUCUGGCUCGAGCCCUGCUCAGAAAGUCUCGCAUCCUGAUCCUGGAUGAGGCCACAGCAGCCGUAGACCUGGAGACGGACAACUUGAUUCAGAAUACGAUUCGUAAAGAGUUCUCGCACUGCACUGUCCUCACCAUCGCCCACCGCUUACACAGCAUCAUGGACAGCUCCAGGGUGAUGGUUCUUGAUGCGGGAAAAAUUGUGGAGUUUGAUUCUCCAAGCAGUCUGCUGGAAAAGCAAGGCAUUUUUUACGCCAUGGCAAAGGAUGCUGGGAUAAAACAAGAAACUGUGACGUCGCUUUAA